AUGACAACCUCAGCGUCCAGGACGUGGUUCAUCACAGGCUGCACGAGCGGCUUCGGGGAAGCCUUCGUGCGGAAGCUGCUGGCGGAUGGGGAUAACAUCAUUGCCACUGGUCGGGGCGGAGCAGAGGCUAGGCUUGCGCAUCUGCGAGAUACGACGGCAGCGGCGCGGUUGCGGAUCAUGGAGCUCGAUGUCGGAGCGGCGUCUGAGGUGGAGAUACGGGCCAAGGCGGCUGAGGCGUGGGGGUACUUUGAUGGAGGUGUUGAUGUGGUUGUGAAUAAUGCUGGGUAUAUCGUCUCUGGGCUUGUCGAGGAGUUGACGCAAGAGGAGAUGGAAGCGAGUUUCAGGACAAACUUCCACGGUCCGCUGAACAUUACGCGCGCGUUUCUGCCGAUGAUGAGGGAGAGGGGGACGGGGACGCUGGUGUAUAUCAGUUCGCAGGCGGCGUGGCACGUUGAAGUUAGUGCUGGGGCGUAUAGCGCGAGUAAAUUCGCGCUCGAGGGCGCCGUUGAGACACUUUCCAAAGAACUUUCCAUCCUCGCUACCAACCUAAAAGUCAUCAUCAUCGAGCCCGGGUUUUUCCGCACAAAGGUCUUCAACAAGAUAUCCAACGUUCCGGCACGCAUUCCCGAGUUUGCGGAGAUCAACGCGGCGAUCAGAGCGGGCGCCGAGGCGCUACCGGGGACGGAGCCGGGGGACCCGGAGAAGGCUGUUGCGAGGAUCGCGGAGCUGGUGCGGGGCGACGGGAUGGUGAUGGACGUGGACGGGGUCGGUCGUGGUGGCAGUAGGGAGGUGCCGUUGAGGGUCGCGUUAGGGAGUGAUGGGUGGGAGAGGAUUCGGGAUAAGUGCGUGGGUGUUUUGGAGGGGUUGAGGGCUUGGGAGGAUGUUGCGAGGAGUACGGAUUUGUGA